AUCCAAGGUGUUUGUAUCAGAGAAGUUUAGCAUGGAAAUUAGUUUUUUUAUGACCUUAAAUAGAAAAUAGUAUUUCAAGCAAAUAUACCCUGAUGUGUUCUCCUUUAUGUUUGCAAAUAGUUUUUAUCCAAUCGCAGCCCGUAUCAUAUCUUCUAUUGGGUAUUCAUUAAAAUAAAUUCAAACUCAUUUAUGACGUGAAUAAGAACACUGUUUGCCCUGUGAAUACUCCAUUCGAGCUAUUCUUUCCGUGGUAACUUAAAAAUCCAAUUUUGUCAAUCUCGCAAACUGCGGUGGUAAAUGUCGUGGCCGCCUUGUACUCGUUUCUUAGAUCACUUUAUAACAUCUGCGUCCCAUUAACUCAAUAUGGCACUUCCCUCCCGAGAUCUCGAAGAACGAAAAAAUGAAAUUUGAAUGCAUGAAGUUAAAAUGAUCUACAAUCUUAUUAGCUCAGCUGCAAACAAGAUUUUCCUCAAUCAUCGAAAGACCGUAAAAAAGCUAAUUAUAUAAAUUAAGCCCUCAAAAGGGGUCGUCGUAUCGUACGGUUGCAGGGCUUAGUUCACUAUUUUGGAGCUUUUUUGUUUUGUGCUGUUUCUUCAAUUCCAUCUUGAAUGAUUCGUGGGUCAAUUGCUGGUCAUUAUGAAGCGUCUUGGACAACUGAAGUUCUUGUGUAUGGGGAUGUUUGUUGUAAUGGUGCUAAAAUCUGUCAGCUCGACUCCAGUCACCUCAAGGACAGAGCGGAUGGAAAGAAGAAGUUUCGAAGAUAGACUGGAAGGUGAUAUCAGGUUGUCGCGAAAUGUAGAAGCCCUGGUCGCUACAGGUGUAGAAAAGAAAGAGAACCGUACGGAACCUGUAACAACGAGGGGAGCUGUGAGUAACAAGAUAUAUCUCUGGAAAAAUGGCCGCGUGCCUUACAUCAUCGAUUCAGAGUUUGAUAGCUAUCCACAUGACAAAGAAGUCAUAAAAGAGGCUAUCAGUGAAGUACAUCGGAUAUCGUGUGUUCGCUUCAUACCAAGGACAGGUGAACAAUACUAUGUUCGUUUCAUUAGAGGCAACGGGUGCUGGUCUUACAUCGGCAAUGUGCAGAAGUCUGGUGGUCAGCCAAUCAGCAUUGGAGCUGGAUGUGGUAUAACUGGUACUGUCUUACAUGAAAUCAUGCACGCCGUAGGUUUUUUCCACACUAGUUCUCGUUACGACAGAGACUCGUACGUCGUCAUUAUACCGGAAAAUAUCAUGCCUGGGCUUGAGAACAACUUUCAAAAAUAUACCCAUGCCCAGUUAGACAGACUGGAAGCGCCUUAUGAUAUGAAGUCAGUGAUGCACCUGCCGAGAAAAGCCUUCAGUAAAAAUGGCUUAAACACGAUGGAAGCACGUGCAGGAUCUUAUAUACCGUUAGGAGGGUCCGACGACCUUUCUGAGAUUGACAAAGCACAGCUUAAUUUACUGUACAGUUGCACAGGCUACCCAAGUUGUUACAAAGCGUUUGGCAUGGAGUCAAAUAAAAUCCGUGACUCACAAAUUACAGCCAGUUCACACAAAACGUACUUCGAGCCUCAUCAGGCCAGGUUACACAUGAUGGCCAGUGCUUCGGGUAAUGGUGCGUGGUGCGCAAGUCAGAGUCACCAACAAGGAGAGUGGCUUCAGAUUGAUCUUGGAGGAAGGAAAAAAGUGACAGGAAUUACAACGCAGGGGAAAGUGGACCUGUUUGUCAACGCUUGGACAACACGCCUUGAAGUGUGGUACAGUCUGGAUAAAUACAGCUGGAAACAGGCUUUCGAUGGAAAGGCGAUUGCCGCAAACUUCGAUAUGAACUCAGCUCAAUAUAACCAGGCGCCAGCACCUUUUAUCGCUCGUUACGUUCGAUUUGAGCCGACACACUGGUACAACGAGAUUUGUCUCAGGGUUGAGAUAUAUGGCUGUGACGCUUGAUGUUUGCAUGCCGUUGCACACCUCUUCAAACCACCUCGAUACGCUGCCAGAUUACAAAUGAUUUUCUUUUUUUCCACUUCAAACUGGUUAGUCAAACCCUCUCAAAAUGACGAGCAACUAGAUCACGUGCCGAAAAGAAAAACAACCUCGCCAAAACGGUCUUUCACUGCGAAAAAACUUUUACGUUCAAACUAAAAUGUUAAUCUCACACGAGACUAAAUAGUUUUUCCAACAAAGGCAAGAAAAUAUUUUUCUUAAAAGGGAAAACCAUUAUUUUUAAAAGCCUACGGAACAUUUGCUACAGAAGUUACGAACAAACUCGUCUGUUAUAUCGAGGUUGUACAUUUAAUUUCUACUGGACAAGGACUUCACAUAGUUUGACUUUAUUCUUUAAGAAACCUUUGAGAUCUAAAUUUCCUCAAGUAGUUAGAGUGUUGUAGAAAAUGAUAUACUGGUUGUAUUCCGCCAUGGUGUGUGUGUACUUAUCAAUAUUUUGCGUUCGAGGGCUGUGCCCUUUGCUAAUGGGGCGAGACUCAAUAAAGAUUAUUUUUUGUUAUUUCUUGGUUGUGGACUUGUGUGGACUCGCGAAAUAAAUUGCUAUGACCAACGCGGAAUAACAUGGCGUAAGGGCCAUAUAGAGAUACCAGACCGACCGCAGCCAAUUUUGAAUUUCAUUAUAUUGCUUCAGGUGGCACACCCGACACAUUGUGAGUUAUAACCCUUCAAAGCUAAAAUAAGGGUGUUUUCUAUCAGAUUAUACCGUUGCUAUGGUACCCCUUUGCAUAUACCAUAUCUUUGAGGCCUUUCAAAUUCUUUUUCUAACAGCUUCAUUGAUUUUUACAGCUGCGAAGUUGUUU